AUGAGCAAUCUUAAUCACUAUUUCAAGCAGGAUAAGAAAGGAAUUAAAUCCAAUUAAUAUGGAGGAAUCUCGCCACGAUUAAUGAAAUAAUCGCAGGUUUCAACGGCUUUACAUUCAAAAUCCAACUAACAUCCAUCUCAUCAGUAACAAUAAUUUGUUUCUCAGGAAGAUUAGCAAAGAUAAUUUAUGCUUAAUGAACUUGUUAUGUUUGAUGCCAAUCCAGAUUUUGGGCCUUGUAAGGGUAUCUCUAGAAUGUAGAGAUGGAAUAAUUCAAAUAAUCUUGGGCUCAAUCCCCCUGAUCAUAUACCUGGCUUUAUAGAACAAACCGGAGAUAAUAAAAGUUUUUUAGAGCAAUACAUGAUUUGA